AUGGCUUCUCUUAUGAGAACAAUAGAAUCGCUCUUGACAUCCAAUUCGCCGAUGCAAUCUCUAAUCUGUGAUCACAGAGAAGAACUUCGCGCUCUUUGUGAAAAAGUUAGUUCCCUGGAAGUAUUUGUCAAGAACUUUGAGAAAAACAAUGUUUCUGGGGAAAUGACAGAUUUUGAAGUACAGGUAAAAGAAGUUGCAAAUAUUGUUGAACAAACAAUUCAACUAAGCAUAACUGAAGUUGUAUUGGCAAAUGAUAAAAAUCUGAGAGAAAAGGCACAUGAGAGGCUUUCUGAUAGACUGCAACAAGUAGCAGAGGACAUUGAUCGUAUCUGGAAAGAGUCGACAAAUAUCCAAGAUAAGGGCAAACAUGCAUCAAAGGAAUCAACGGCUCAUGAGUUUCCAAGCUCAUCAAGCAAUAUUCUGAAUGUUGAGAAUAGUAUGGUUGGACGUGAUGAUAAAAGGAAACGGUUGGUAGAAGAUCUUACUAGAAGCUACUCUGGUGAACCCAAAGUCAUCCCGAUUGUCGGGAUGGGAGGCAUAGGUAAAACAACCUUAGCGGACGAAGUUUACAAUGAUGAGUGCAUUCGUUCUCAUUUUGAUGUUUGUGCCUGGGCUACUAGUUCGCAACAGCACAAUGUAAAGGAAAUCUUGUUGAGCUUUCUGCAUUCUACUAAGAGUGACACAUUUGACAUGAACGAUGAAGCAGAGCUUGCAAACAUGCUACAAAAGAGUUUAAAGGGUAAGAGAUAUUUAAUUGUAUUGGAUGACAUGUGGAAAAGUGAAUCAUGGGAUGCCGUGAGACUAUGUUUUCCAAGUGAAAACAAGGGGAGUGGAAUAUUAUUGACGACCCGUAACAUUGAAGUAGCUCGCGAUGCUGGUACAGAGAAUCUUUCUUUGCAGAUGGAUUUAAUGGGUCCGGAUGAGAGUUGGCACCUUUUUAAAAGUGUUGCAUUUGCAAAUGAAGCAUUACCAUCUGAGUUCGAGACUAUUGGGAAGCAAAUUGCAGAGAAAUGUCACGGGUUACCACUAACUAUUGCCGUGGUUGCUGGGCUUCUCAAAUCUAAAAGGGCAAUAGAAGACUGGGAAAAUGUUGCAAAUAUACCUCCAGAAGUUUGCAGGUUAUGGAAUCUGCAUACAUUCAUUGUUCAAGGGCCUAUGCUAUGGAAAAUAACUUUUCCUGAGGAAAUUUUGGGACUAAUGCAAUUAAGGCAUCUCAAACUGCCCGAAUUUUAUCUGCCAAAUUCCCCAAGCGUAUCUGCUGACAAAGGGAGUCACAUGGGUUUUUCAAACAUACAAACUAUUUAUUCCAUGUCUGCAUGUUGUUGCACGAAGGAGUUUAUUAUGAGGAUUCAGAAUGUCAAAGAAUUAGGGCUCAGUGCAUAUCAGAUUGACUCUUCUGGUGGGCUUCUCAACAAUCUUGUCCAUCUGCAGCAACUUGAAACAUUGAGUCUUACAUAUCGUUUUGGAGGAUUUUGGCCAGCAAGUGCAAAAGCUUUUCCAUCAACGCGCUGA